AUGGUUUCAUACAACGGCUUUGACUCUACUACCGAUGUCCCCGACCUCUCGGGAAAAGUUAUUCUUGUCACCGGAGGAACUUCUGGUCUUGGUAGAUCAGCUAUUACUACACUCGCAGCCCACAAUCCCUCGCAUAUUUACUUCACCGGCCGGUCCUCCAGCGCCGCAGAAUCUCUCAUCAAAGACAUCUCUCCCAUCUCUGCAACAUUCCUCGAAUGCGAUCUCACUUCCAUCGCAAACAUGCACGCUGCAGCAAAGAAAUUUAAACAUGAUCGUCUAGAUCUAUUCAUCGCGAAUGCUGGAGUAAUGGCUGUUGAUGGUCUCACCAAGGAUGGACUUGAGUUACAGUUUGGCGUUAACCACGUUGGAAAUGCAACGCUCUUUAUGGCUCUCCUGCCAAUUAUGCUCAAAACUGCUGAAAAGCCAAACAGCGAUGUACGAUUCGUUAGUCUUACUUCACUUGGUUACAGAGGUCAUCCCAAGAAUGGCAUCGAGUUUGAUACGCUGCAUUCGAAGCAGGAGGAUAUGUCCUUUGGAACGUGGGGUCGCUACGGACAGAGCAAACUUGCGAAUAUUGUUUUUGCAAAGGAGAUUCAGAGACGUUAUCCCAAGAUUACAAGCGUCGUUGUUCAUCCUGGUGUUAUUGCUACGGGGUUGGUCACCGAGUUGAGUUUCUGGAAGAGGAUGUUGGUGUACGUGACCAAUCCACGGAUGAUGACGGUCGAGCAGGGCGGAUUGAACACCGUCUGGGCAGCAACAUCUGGCGAUGUGAAGAAGGGAGAUGAGAAGGUUGCGUUUUACGAACCUGUUGGGAAGGGCAAUGCGGGCGAUGAGAUGUGCUUUAGUGGAGAGUUGGGUAAGAAACUGUGGGAGUGGACGGAGAAGAUUAACAGCACCAAGAUGUAA